AUGUGUUCAAAAGUUCCGGAUUCAUUCAAAGCAUUUUGCUCAGUCAUUAUUGAAGAAAUGACUGUUAAAAUUCCUGAUGUUUUGCGUGCAGCAUCAAAUUACGUUUCGUAUUUUCAAUUGCAGCCCCCAUCACUUGGCCAAGUGAGCGAUUUCGAAAUUGUCGCUUUCAUUCCUGGAGAAGAAUCAGUAACAGCACCUUUAAAUGCUAACAAUCAGAUCAAUGUGACAGCACAGACUCGGAUGAUUAAUAAUAACAAUAUGAUAAAUCCAAACAAUCUAAAUGGAUUUUCUAUUCAAGCAGGUGGUUCGCGGGGGCAAUAAUUAACAUUAACAAGUCCAUUGGAUAAUAAUCAAACACUUGUUCCAUUACACUCACACGAUAAACAUCCAGAAUAUUUAAUUUAUGCUGGUAUUGUAUUUACUGUAUUAACCAGAUUUUAUUUAUAUGAAUUCGGUAAACGUGAAUGGCAUCGAAAAGCUCCAACAAAUUUAGUUAAUUUAGCAUUAUAUAGUCAUUUAGAAGAACUAAAUCAACAAAUUGUUAUUAUUAAUCAAAUACUUGUUGAUGAUGUUAAUCAUGGAAUAACAUCAAAUUUUGCAAAUUCUGUAUUAGAAACUGUCAAUGGUAUUAAAAUUCACAAUAUUAAACAUCUAGGAGAAUUAAUUGAUAAAAUAUCAAAUAAUGAAGAUGAUGGUUAUAUUCGAUUUGCAAUAGAGAAUAAAAGAUUUAUAGUGAUAUCAUGUAAACAAGCUAAACAAUCAGAAGGAAGAAUUUUAAAACAAAAUUCAAUAGCACAACCAAGAAGUGAACAUUUACGUUAA